AUGUAUAAAGGAAAAAAAAUUCGAAUAGGAACAUUAAAUAUAUUUAAUAAUAUAUGUCAUUCCAUUAAAGAAAAAUUUUUAAACUAUGAUUCAGAGUACAUCUAUAAUAUAUCUCGAAAAAAUUUGUUAUUUAAACAUUUAUUUAGUAACUCUUUUGAUAUUAUUUGCUUACAAGAAGUAGAUUUAUUUAUGAUUAAUGAACUAAAAAAAAAAUGUUUAGAAUAUAAUUUCACUUUAUAUGCGUCACCAGAUAAUAUAAAAUCAUCAAAAAAUAACAAUUGUAUUAUUUACAAAAAAAAUUUUAAAUUAUUGGAUGAAAAUUUUUUUGAUUUAAAUAGUGUUGUAUCAAAAUAUUUUAUGAAUUAUUCAUCCGAAAGUAGAUGUGAACAAAAAGAAAAUGAUAUAUCACAUUUACAGAAACUUAGUGGUGUAUAUGAGUUAAUAACAAAGGGUAGAGUAAAAAACACUCAUAUGGAACAUCCAGCACAAUUAAGAAAAGAUAAAGCUUUUUACUUACUACCAGAAUUAUCUAUAGAACCUUUUAAAAGUGCAUUUAAAGAAAUAAAUGGUAAUGAACCUAUAUUUACAAAUAAAACUUUGAGUUUUAGUGGUUGUAUUGAUUUUAUUUUUUACAAAGAGCUUAUUCCUUUAUCAGCAAAAACUAUACCUAGUAACUUAAAUGAUAUCAAAAUUUUACCGAAUGAACAUUUUCCAUCAGAUCACAUUCUUUUGAUGUCUGAAUUUUUUGUUGUAUAA